AUUAUUUCAGAAUUUCCUGGAAAUUUCGGUCAAAUCUGCAUGAUUCACAGUGAACAAUGAUGAUGGCACAGAGCGAGGAUCCUCCCUUCGUUGGGGAUUGGUAUCGUGAGAAGAAAUUGGGCAGUGGUGGAUUUGGUUUUGUGACGCUCUGGAAAAAUCACAAGACCAAAGAGAUGGUUGCUAUCAAAAAAUGUCACAUACUGCUUGAUAAAAGCGAGAUGACUGAUAAGAACUGCGAAAGGUGGUGUAACGAGGUGUCGCUGAUGACCAAUAAAGUGCGCAAUGAAAACAUUGUCCGGACGGUGCAGGUUCAACCGGAAAGCUUUCUGCAGGAAUUGGUCAAACAUUCGGCAAAUAAGUUGCCCGUUCUGUGUAUGGAAUAUUGCGAGGGAGGCGACUUGCGGAGAGUACUGAAUCGCGUUUCCAGCUGCUGUGGAUUGAAGGAACAGGAAGUGAGAGACAUUCUGCGAUCGCUAAGGAAUGCGAUUUCCUGUUUGCAUAAUUUGAAAAUCACUCACAGGGAUAUUAAACCGGAAAACAUAGUCCUGAAGCAGGUAGGCGACCGAACGGUCUACAAACUGACGGAUUUGGGCUAUGCAAAAGCUCUGGACAAGCAGAGUUUGAAUGCCAGUUUGGUGGGAACGGUUGAAUACAUAGCGCCAGAUUUGAUCUACUGUGAUCGGUACAAUUGUUCCGUCGACUACUGGUCCAUGGGGAUUAUUGGUUUUGAAAUCAUGUGCGGAGUACGUCCCUUUAUUCCGCACUCCAUCGUCGCUAAAUGGAUGAUGCUCGUGCAGCAGAAGAAAUCCACGCACAUUGCUAUUACGGAGGACAACCGGGAAAAUUAUACGUACCAUACCGAAAUUUUCCCGGAAAAUAACAUUUCCCAUGUUUUGCAAAAGUACUUGGAAAAAUGGCUGACGCUUGCUUUGGAAUGGAAUCCAAAACAGCGUGGACAUGUCUUUCAGAUUGGUAAUAAAGAGGUUACCGAACAGCAGCUGAAAUCCGCCAAGGUGGUCAACAACUCUGAACCACCGAGCGGCCAACCGGUUCAAGUGCUCAAAAUAUUUGCAAUGCUGGAUUCUAUUUUGGAUACCAAAAUUCUUACCAUCUUCAGCUUGUACAAUUGCCGCUUUUUGAGCAUUGAAAUUGACGAAACAACUGACAUGGAAACGCUUCGCUCGGCAAUCGAAACCCAAACUAACAUCCCUCGCAAUGCAAUCGAGUUCGUUUUGCCACUCGAGCAAAAACUAGACCGUGUCACGGACAGCACGAAACCCAUCGAUCUACAUCUAGACGGAUUCUACGACAAACCGAUGCUGUUUGUCGUCAAACAAGGAACCAUAAUGCAGCCGGAUUUGAAACCGCACAUCCCGAAGAGUGUGUCGGACGUGUUCCAGAACAUUAAGUUGAAACUGAAGCCGCACAUGUUGAGGCAGUUUGUGUCGAACGCUUGGUACUUUGUAAACAGCGAACAGCGAACCUAUGUGACGACGCUGGACGGCAUAAAGAAUUACGGAUUAAUGCUGAACGACGAGAUAGUCAAGUGCCGGGACGAUGUUGGAAGGAUGAACAAAGUUUCCUAUGGAAUCAGCGGAGGGCUGGAAUAUCAUAAGCUGUCGCUGAGUCUUGCCAAGGAGAAGGCGAAGUCUUAUCAGCUUCCACUCGACAUGGUCCAGCAGCGCUUCGCCGUAUUGGAAGAACGGUGCAUCCGAAUGGAGGCUACCAUCUGCAAGCUAGCGGAGGUGGCAGACAAAAUCACCACCCGUUACGAGUCGGUGCUGAAACGCAGCCGCGAGGUGGUCGGCCAUCAGCUGCUCAAAGGUUACGAACAGCAGGACUAUUACAGUCUGAAGCAUUUAGACGGUCGGUACGAGAUUGCCCGCGUACAAAUCCUGGAAAAGAGUACCCACGAAAAGUCGCACAUCGAUAUGUUGCAGGCGGUGUACGAGUGUCUGAAGAAGCGGGAUAUCCUGCUGAGAGAUUACGACUUCAAGGAGCUGCAGCAACAACUGAUCGAUAUUCGUCGUGAAAAGCAAGAAAUAAGGAAAGCUCUGGAAAAAGCACAAGAGCACGCGGAAAAGUUCAAGAAAGACUUGGCCAAAAUGAUACUGGAGCACAAUGAUAGCAUCUGGAGCCUGUUUCUGCAGAGUUCUACCGAAGUAACGCAGAAGCAAGCGGUUCUUUGUAACGGAAGUGCACCGAUCAUCCCUGAUAUCGAACGAAUAAUGGGAAGCGCUCUUGUGAAUGGCGACCUGCCUGGUGCUCCCAAGUUCCACGUCGGUGGCACGGUUUCCACAUUGCAGAAUUCGUUUGGUAACGAACCAGUCAGCAAGAGUUUACUCUGCUUCGGUGAAGGGCCGGAUGUUGAGUCGUUGAUAGCUGCCAAUCAGUCGUUGAUCAUGACAACUGACGAUCUUAUCAGCGAUGCAUUCGAAUGGAUGAAGUAAGCUGACUUUAAAGCAAUCGAUUUCUUUGCAUUUUUCAUAGUCAAUUAGG